UGGAGUCCUGGAGCGCUUGGCCGGAGGUGGAAAUAGAACGGCCACUUGCCGUGAUACCUUGCGCCCGGAGCCAGCGACCCGGCGCCGCCUUCUGUGAGGCAUGCUGGGAGCUGUAGUUUCCCCCCCAACCCCCCGCGAGGGAGUCUGACUCCCUGACUGGGGCCCCCCCGGUCUUCUCAUUCGCGGCCGGGGGAGGGGGCGAGGAAGGGCUGCUCGCGGCGGCGGCGGGGGAUGGGUCUGGGCAGCCUGCGCAGCGCGAGCACCGCUGCUGUGAGGCGAUGGCGGCGCGGGGUCCCUUGGGCGCCGCCCCCGCGCCCCCGCAGGGGCCUGGGCGGGGUGGCCCCCGGGGUGAGUGAGAGUCCUCCGACCUUUGGGUUCCUGUUUGACAUUGAUGGAGUGCUUGUUCGGGGCCGCUAUGUGAUUCCUGCUGCCCAGAAGGCCUUCCGGAAACUGAUAGGCUCUAAUGGACAGCUCCGGGUGCCAGUAGUCUUCGUGACAAAUGCUGGGAAUUGCUUACAGCAUGUCAAGGCCCAGGAACUCUCCGAUGCUCUGGGCUUGGAGGUGUCUCCAGAACAAGUGAUCCUCUCCCACAGCCCCCUGCGUCUCUUCCGUCAGUUCCAUGAGAAGUGUAUGCUGGUGUCUGGGCAGGGUCCGGUGGAGGAGAAUGCCAGGAAUAUGGGGUUCCGGAAUGUGGUUACCAUACAGGAUGUGAGGAAGGCAUUUCCCCUGCUGGACAUGGUUGAUCAAAGCCGUAGACCAAAGGAGCUGCCUCCUCUGACCACUGACUUCCCUACCAUAGAAGGGAUAAUUCUGUUUGGGGAGCCGGUCCGGUGGGAGACGAGCCUGCAGCUGAUUAUCGAUGUCCUCUUGAGCAACGGGAACCCUGGGGCAGAGCUGGCAGCAGUGCCAUAUCCCCAUAUACCUAUCCUUGCCUGCAACAUGGAUCUUUUGUGGAUGGCAGAAGCCAAGAUGCCAAGAUUUGGCCAUGGCACCUUUCUUGUCUGCUUGGAGAACAUCUACAAAAAAGUGACUGGCAGGGAGCUGAAGUAUGAGGCCCUGAUCGGCAAACCCAGCAUUGUCACUUACCAAUACGCAGAGUAUCUGAUCAAACAGCAGGUGGAAAGACGAGGGUGGCCAUCUUCCAUCUGCAGGCUCUAUGCUGUUGGGGAUAAUCCAAUGUCUGACAUCUAUGGUGCAAACUUCUACAACAGCUACAUCAAAGCUGCGGGUCAGGCCCAUGCCCAGGCUGAGGUGAAGAGGAGUGUGGGGAUGGCGGAUCCCCGGAGCGAGGGCCAUUCAGAGCUGGGGAAGGAUUUGUAUGUCUCAUUGGAGAGUUGCAAGUCAAUUCUGGUCUGCACUGGGGUCUACAGUCAUCACGGAGAUGUGCCUACUGACCCACAUGAGAGCGUGACGGAGACUGUGUUCCACGGGCACCGGGACUUCCACUUUGACCCUAGCCUAGUGGAAGCAUCUUAUGUGGUGGAGGAUGUGAAUGAAGCUGUGGAGCUAGUCUUUAAGAAGGAGAAUUGGAGCCAGGAGUGAAAUGGGAGUGGCAAAAUUUAGUCAUCAAGGUUCAGGAGGGGAGGGGAGGAUUGGGAUCUCCAAGCCUAACUUGCCCUAAAGUGGGGGAAAAAAUUCCCAGUGCAUUUUGGGGUCUGAUGUUAAACGUCCCUUGUCUUAAUAUCAGUUGGUCAGUCUAUUGUUGUUACUAGCAGGGUAUCAAUCUUAAUCUGGCCAGGUCCAUGUUUACACACUGCUGUUGCUCCUGUGCAUUAAACUGUAAUGGGGACAGGAUGGUAUAGAUCAUCCUUGUCACCUCUGCCCCCAUGUUUUUGUGAAGCUCUGGUCAACUAGAGUCCUUUCCUCUUUCAAACCUCCUCAGUGCUUGAGAGGCUUAUCCCUGUUACACAGGGUGGGGGGAGGUGGAGGGAAGCAUCACAGACCCAUGCAUCAGUUCUGUCCUAUACAAACCUUUAAGUAGGAUGUAAGUGGAGCCUGGCCUCUGUACUGACCCUCUGCCUGGGGUGAAAUUGAUAAUGAAGGGUUAAUGUAUCUUCCAAAUGUGCUUUGAUGCCCUGGCCUGCUAACUACCCCUGUUUGUCUGGGGAUUGAGAGUGCACAUAGCACCUGUGUUCUCACUGGCCUUGUGCUGGAUCAGAAACUUUGCCUCUUGCAUCCUCGCCUCUCUUUCGUGGCUCCCUAGCAACAUAAGCUGUGGUAGUUUAGCUCAUAGGAAAGCCUAGGCAGCCAUAGCAACUUGGUGCAGUGCCAAAGGUGGAAUUAAAAUCAUCUCGUAACUUAAACACGUUCUCUGAUUGCCAACAGCCCUCUCCCACUUCCUAAGGGGGAGCACAAGGAGCCUUGCUCCAAAGAUGCCUAGGAAUUAACCUGGGAUUAUAAACUACCAGAGGCAAGGAAGCAGCAUUUUGCAGCAGCACUAAGUUGUGAAGCCCUAAUAGGGUCAGUGGGGAUACCAAAAUGGACCCUUGCACCAUCUAUAAGAGUGAUAAAACCUCCCCUACUGUGCCCCCUCCCCCCUUGGCUCUGCUUCCAGGGAGGGUCCCUGGGAACUAGGUCAGUAGCUCAAGCCCACGCUGCAUUGCUGGAUGCUGUGAUAGGCCACCCAUUUACUUAGGUAGAGCUGUUAAAUUGCCCUUUGGGAGAGGAACCAUAAACAUCAGCCAAAGCUAGGGCCUCUGGCCAUUCCUAGUUUUGGUCUCUGGGCUUUUUAAAUGCAGAACUUUUUUUCCUAGAUGUAGUUUGCUCCUCAUGGAUGCCUGUAACCUCUAAUUCUCUUUCCCUUUCCUUCCUCUCCCCAAAUUGCAGAGAAGUGCUCUCCAAAGUUGUCACUGCUUCUCCUGGAUUGGCUAGCAGCUUAAUGCUGCUGCAGCAGUGCCUGACCCUGCUUUAACUUUGCUUCCAGUUUCUUAGCCCUUGUUAUUAGGGGAGAGUUUGAGGCCUGUCUGUUCAUUAAAAAUCCUUAAGAAUAACUGUGAAAAUUUCUCAAGAUGAAACUCAAUAUGAAUACUUAGUCCUGCCAUGAGUGCAGGGGCCUGGACUAGAUGACAUUCUAGUCCUAUGAUUUUAUGGAAGAUGUCAGCUCAGAAACAGGUUAAUUGUAAUCCUUGAAAAAAUUCAUGUGAUCCACCCUGGCACCACCACAAAUGAUUCUUGAUAUCAAGUGGAGAGGCCUGACUGAUGUCUCUAGUUUUUGUGCACUUCUGUUGAUAUCACUGGAGUUACUGACUCACACCACUAAAUGAGAUCAGCAUUCAGGGCCAGUGUCUCUUUGCAAACAUACCCAUUUUAAGCAGCCACUGCUGCAGAGCAUAAGCUGUGAUCUUUUUAUAAGUAUAUUUUGUUCUCAAUUAAAAUAUUGGAGGUCAGGUUUGUUGAUUUCCUAUGAGCACCUUUUUUUCCAUAGCUCCUCUUUGGUAACACUGGAUUAGCCUAGUAGGAUUGUACAGGGUACCAGGCUCCUUCCUUCUACCUGAAACACUAAUUUAGGGGGCUGUAGUCUCUGAAGCAAGCUGUGUAUUCUGUCAGUGACCCUACAAAGAGGUAGUGUGUGUGUCUCUUCUUCCCUACUCCCCUUGGUUACUGUGAUACUUUGGGGUAUAAUACAGACCAGUGAGGAGCUGUGUCACCACUUGACUAGUAACUUGGGGUGCCUCACAAUGCUUUGCUGCUGUAGCUUCCCACCUGAGGUCCUCACAGACAGCAUGCAGGUCACACCCUGAGUGCCCAUGUAUAGCCACAGCCCUGGUCCAGCAGCUCUGACCCCAGCAGCCUGCCACCGACAUCGGCUUCUACCAGCUUUAGUCACUACUUGUAGGGCGAUCCCAACACACUCCCAGUCCUAGAUUUCCCCCCAAAAACAUGUUCUGCACUGUCCAGCCCUCUCCUGGACAGUCCAAAUAUUUUAUGUCAGUUACCCCUUUAAGUGAUCAACAUCCAACAGUCUGCUACUUUCAAUGAAGUUACCCAAACUAUUCACAACACUGGAUUAGUUUUAAAGAAUAAAACAAGUUUACUUACAAAGAGAUUGAGUACAAGUAAUGAGGCAUUAAAGUUAGAAACGGUUACAAGAAAAAAUAAAGAUACAAUGUUUUCUAAACUUCACCUUGAACCAACUCUGGUUUGUUAAAUCCUUUCAGUACACUCUCACCAAACUCAGGCCAGGAUCUGGUCACAGAAAUCCAAUGGCUGUAUCUUUUGUUGUCUUAGGUGAUGAAAGAGAUGGAUGUGUUACCCAAAAUCAGACCUAAAGCACUGCUGUAAUGGCCCGUCUGUAUCAGUAAAUAGUCAGUUUUGUCUGGUUUAGUAGAUAACAGGAGAUAGCCCAGAAAUCGCCAGGAUUUUACCAGGGGGCUUCUACUCAACCUGUGAGGAACUCCCCAGAACAGUCAGUUAACCUUUGGGAGGACACAGAUACAGCCUUCUGCUUGAAGGAUUGACACUUAAGCAGUAAUUCUUCCAAAACAAAAAAUCUUUAUUUUAAUAACCCAAUAUUUCCUAAUACAAUAACUCUAAACACAUAAUGAAAACACAGCAGAUCUAAAAUAUAGAUCAAAGAAAUAAACCACCCCCUUUAACAAAGGCAUAAAAUUCUAUUAGCACAGAUGCAUAUUGAAGUACCCAAAAUUGAAAUAUCCUGCAAAUGGAAAACACCUCUAAAUGGUUAUGUUCUAUUUGUGAUAGCCAAAUGCUGACCAUGAGUUCUUAAACAUUAAAACUAUACAUAUAACAAUAAAACACAUACACAAUCAUCCAGCUUUAUUAUUCUAUACAUAUACCUUUAUACAUUACAUAAAUAUGUCCUUAUGUUUACUUCUUUAAUGUUUCUUCAUUUCAACUGGUCUUUCUGCUCUAUCAAAAUAGCAUUAAUAUUAAUUAAAGGUACUUUUCUGUUGCUUGCUUCUUAGUAAUUUAGCUCUUUUAGUAGUCUUCCUUCUUUCCUGGUUCUAGCUACUCCAAUACCAUCUUCCCAGACACACACCAGUACCUUUUCUCUCACACAACAAGCUAAAGCCUGUCAGCUUAGCUCCCUGCCUUAUAUACAUAUUUUGACCUGUUCUGAUUGGUUGUUUCUUUAAUCCCUAUCAUUAUCAGCCAAUCAGCUUCAAGCUCUUUCUCUGUCAAUUAGACUGGACCUGUGUGAAGACCUGUGUUCUGCCUAACCCCUCCUCUCAGGUUUUGGAGCGACCUUUGUAUCACCUCAGCCUGCCUGUUUGCUAUUAGUUGACCAGACCUCCAUUUUGGAUUUCUCUGACUGUGACUGCUUACAACACCAUUUUGUUUUCCCUUGCUCUAACUGCUUAAAACCAUCUUUAUUAACCAUUUACAUUCUUAUAACUAUCAAACAAAUUAUAUACUUAUAUGCACCUUAACAUUAUGUUUCACUGUCACCACUCCAGUUUACUAAUUCAAACAAGACCAAAUCUCAGUCGCUUCCAACUUCAGCUAAUGGGUGACAGAAGUAGGAUUGGGCUCCCAAUAUGUAGAAACCUUCACCUUGUAAUAGUCAAGGAGCAGUUUGGGUCUGUUUCAUCUGUUCAACACCCUCCCACUCCUUCCACCAAAAGAGACUGUUCUAUUCAGCAUCUAUGUGCAAAGCCCAUGGGUCCUCUGGCAGCUGGCUCCCAUUGAGCAAAAGAAGUAUUGCUUCAGAAUGUUGGGCAAUCCUGAUGGUUGACUGGCUGAGGUAGUCACAUGCUUUUAAGCAUAAACUGACAUCUUCUAUCUGGCCUCCUUAUUGAAUGCUUAACCUAAGCAUGAAGUUCAUCUUUUCCCCCCUGGUAGUAGUGAUCUAGGUUAUGCUGUGGAAGCUGGUGGAAGUACUACUAGAAGUCACUACUGAAGCAAUUAAAUGACAGAAAACUGGAUGCCUCAGAAGACUGACAAUAAUGGGAUGCAGAAUCUUUCAGCUCUAGCUGAAUGGUUCAAAUCAGCCUACGUCUGUGGUUCUCAAAUUUUAACAACCCGCGAACCCCUUUCAUGAAAAUAUCAACUCUCACGAAACCCCCUCCUAAAAAUGAAUAUUUCCAGGGAUUUUCUCCCUUACCUGAGCAUAAAUUAUAGAAGCAGUGAUCCUGGAAAUAAUUUGGGUUUUUCAUGACAAGCUCAUUACACACUGUUAUUAUUUAUCAUUACAGUAUUAAUUUUAUUACAUUAUGAAAAUGGCAACACUCUUCCAAGAUUUCACUUUUGUUGCUCAUAUCACUUCAAUUGAGCCUACAUGUUUCAUCAAGGAGUACCAGACAUGAAACAGCAUGAAGGUAUUUAAGAAGACAACUCAAAUAAAGAGUUCCUCCCACAAGCAUUUGGGUCUUGAGCUGUCCAAGCAAACAACACACAACUACAAUAAAGCUUAAACUUGUUCUGCUAGUAAGUCAUGGUCACGGGGCUCCGGCUGCCGGCCCCCAAGCUCCGCAGGGCUCAGGCUGCCAGCGCCUGGGGUCCUCAGGAACAACUCUGUCCACCAUUACAGAAUUUUUUUCUGAGAACCCCCUGACACAUGUUGUGAACCCCCAAGGGAACCACUGGUCUAUAUCGACAGUGACUGCAAGUGGUUAAUUGCAGAAGCCUGUUCAAUGGCCUUUAUUAAAUGAGUCUUGUCCUAGUGCACAAGAAUAUUAUCACUAAAAACAACGUCUCUGCUGAUAGUAAGCAACCUCCUGUGAGACCAGCAACAAAAAGAGCAUGAACGUGAAGCCUGAACUUGUCUCUCAUCCCUAGAAGCAGGCCUCCUGCGUCUGAGUUGAGGCACGUUGGCAAGGCAGUGGAGGAAACUUCCAGAAAGGGCAGCUGUAGUGCAUCUGUUACAUAGCUAAAGAGAGGACUUUAGUGUUAUGCCCCUAUCUUUCACAAGCAAUACAUUAAUCUAAUAAAACAAAGACUAGUAAGAGAAAAAAAAAUUCCCGCUUGUUAACUAGAAUGGAUAAAAUGAGAUAGCUGGCCUUUUUAACUUUCAUUUUUUUGCCUCGGCCUAGGCUCAAUUCUAAAACAUGCCAGGCCUGUUAUGACCUGUUUUAUUCAUAAAUAAGUGCACACACUAAUUUAAAAAAAGUCUGGAGCAUAAUCAUGGCAUUUCACAUUUUCAUUAAAGGCCGUAAUCAUUUCAGUUUAACUUGGUAACAAAUUGCUACAUGUAUGUACUGUCUAUAGCAAAAAUGACUGUACCCAUGACUUUACUGUACAGAAUGAGCACUUUGGUGACAUAUUUUCAGUGUUUGAAAUAAAUCAAUUGAAAUAUC